AUGCUCAAGACUUAUCGCUCCGUCGAGCCGACCAUCUUCGUGCUGCGAGCAAAUGUCCUGGUGUCUCGUGGUGCCGUCCAAGCGCUUUCCCGACAGUGGACCACACAGUGCAACGUGGGCGAGCAGCAGUGGGAGAUACAAGGGGACCCGUCGUGCAAGAGGUUCUUGCUCAAAUUCAAGGGCGCGGCGAACUACGCGAGCAGGCUCGUCAACCAGACCCUGGCGCUGCUCAGAUCCGAGGCUCCCUGUGGAGCAUGGACAGAAGCUGCAUGGCGAGGCGCUGGGCCGCUCGCGUGCGGAAGUGAAAGCUGGGCCCGACAGGUCGCCGUGCAUGGUCGAGCGUGA